UGCCAGCUAGACAACCGAACUCUCCUCCAUUCGACGGCAUGCGGUGCAACCUUCGGUGACUGACCGAGGCUGUAUCUCUUCCCAAUCUUCAUGUUUCCAAGGAAUUGAUUGAUACAAAAAAACAUUUCAUACACACUAACUAGAUCCGUCUAUGAGUCCCUGGAACCCCUCUCUCCUCUCAAGAAUACUGGGAAUUGUGAAAAACACGUGCAUCGUGCACUAUUCCAGGCCAACCAACACAAAUAUCGGUGAAAAUACCGGAGUGGUCAACCAUCCCCUGUAAAAUUACAGAAUGCCAUCCCUUUCUGUUGUAGUAGUCCGCAGGGGUUUUCUGUGGAGCCUCAAUUGGAAUGUGGCUGCCAUCUAUCGCUCCACCACAAUGAGGAAAACCUCUUUUUUCAAACCUGUUGAUGACUGAAGUUUGGGAGCUCCCCACAGGCACUUUAAUGUAUUUCGGCAACAACAUUUUAACUAUAGAUUUUACAAAAUGGGCAGAGGCGUACGCAAUCCCUAACCAGGAAGCAACAACAAUAGCAAACAAGCUGGUCAACGAGAUGUUGCUCAGAUUUUCCCCGCCAGAACAACUGCACAGUGAUCAGGGGCGGCAGUUUGAGUCAACCCUCAUUGCCGAAAUUUGCAAGUGCCUGGGCAUUCACAAAACACAAACAACCCCCUACCACCCUCAAUCUGAUGGGCUGGUAGAGCGAUUUAAUCGCACCUUGCUGAACAUGCUUGCUACCGCAAUGGCAGGACACCCGGGAACCUGGGAAGAUCACACUCAGAAAGUCCUCCUGGCAUACAACACUAGCACCCAAUCAACAACAGGAUUUAGUCCAUUCUUCCUGAUGUUCAGCCGAGAAGCACGACUCCCUCCCCUCCAGCCACGGUAAACACUUAUGCCAUCGAUCUUUCGAACACCAUUCGUGAGGCCUAUGC